UCUUUGAAAAAGGCUUGUUAACUUAGGAAAGAAGCAGUGUUUAGAAAGCCUUGGGUGUUUCUUUAAUCUUCUUGGUACUGCUAUUUGUGAUUAUAGACAAAAUAAUUAUAUUACUCUCCGCUUUACUUUCUUUCUUGACUUUAAUUGGAAAAUAAUAACUUCUCUUGAAGAUUGGGUUGUGGAGGAAAGAAAUAGUAUAAAUUGACAAAGAAUUUUAUGAAAAGUGCUUUACAAAUGUUUGAUAUUAUGGUACCUGUUUAUAGGUACAUUGUUCUACAGUAGAGAUAAAUAUAAGCUACCUGGCCUGGCUAACAGGAGGUUCAGAAAGGCCUUUGUUCAAACUCAUUCUUUUUUAUACAUUUAUUUACUUAUUUUGUUUGUGUGAGAAGAAGUUUUACUAUGUUGCCCAGGCUGGCCUCAAACUCAUGGUCUUAAGUGAUCCUCCUGCUUCUUGAAUAUUUGGAACUAUAGGCAUGCACUAUUGCACAUAACUUAUUAAACCACUUCCAGUUGUAACCUGGGCUAAAGUGAGAUCAUAAGUAUAAUGUAUGUACCAGAACACUGAUAUUACAUCGUAUGCCAUAUAAAGGAUAAUUUCCUAUUUUUCAUUCCCUUUUCUAAUAGAGAAAAGAUGGAACUCUUAAGCCAAAUAUUUAUGUUAACUAUUAGCUUAAAGCUCAUCUUUCCAAAUUUUCUGAUUACUUUCAGAAGAAAAACUAAAUUUAGGUCACUCUCACUUUUCUCCUUCUCUCAUGAUGAAAUGGCCAUAGAAGGAAUGGAAUAGAAGGAAGAACCAGGAAUUGUAAACUGGGAGAGUAGCUCAGUAGUGGAGCACUUGCCUAGAAUGCUAGAAUUCCUGGGUUCUAACCCUAUCACUGGAAAAAAAAAAUCAUAAAAGUAGUUAACGGUAUAGUUGAGCUUAAACUUUAAAUCAUUGUCUUUAUUUCUUGGUUAAAAUAUUUAAGGUAAAUAGCGAGUUCUAAACCUGAAACUCUUGAUCCUAGGGUCUUCUGUUUUUCGUUUCCUAGCAGCCAAUCAACUUUAAAACAUGAAGGGAUAAAAACCAGGAAAUAAUCAUAAAGCAUUCCUUGGAGAGAGUUUCCAAACAUGAAUAAAAAAUCAAAACUAACGAGCCCCCUUCACUGAGCUCAGGAGAUGUUUCACAAAGCAGAAGAAUUCUUAUCCAAAACGACGGAUAGUGAAAUGGAUGACAUGGACACAUCAGAUACCCAGUGGGGCUGGUUUUACCUGGCAGAAUGUGGGAAGUGGCAUAUGUUUCAGAUACCAAUAUUCAAUGUUCAGUUAGUAGUGAAGAUAUCGAAAAGAGCUUCAGAACAAACCCUUGUGGCUCCAUUUCUUUUACUACUUCCAAAUUCAGCUACAAGAUAGACUUCGCAGAAAUGAAGCAAAUGAAUCUCACCACUGGAAAGCAGCGCUUAAUAAAAAGGGCUCCUUUUUCUAUCAGUGCUUUCAGUUAUAUCUGUGAAAAUGAGGCUAUCCCUGUGCCACCACACUGGGAGAAUGUGAAUACUGAAGUACCAUAUCAGCUUAUUUCUCUGCACAAUCAAACACAUGAAUAUAAUGAAGUUGCCAGUCUCUUUGGGAAAACAAUGGAUCGUAACCGAAUUAAAAGAAUUCAGAGAAUUCAAAAUUUAGAUCUAUGGGAAUUCUUUUGCAGGAAAAAGGCUCAGCUCAAGAAAAAAAGAGGUGUCCCUCAGAUUAAUGAACAAAUGCUAUUUCAUGGUACCAGCAAUGAAUUUGUGGAAGCAAUUUGCAUUCAUAAUUUUGAUUGGAGAAUAAAUGGUAUACAUGGUGCUCUCUUUGGGAAAGGAACCUAUUUUGCUAGAGAUGCUGCUUACUCCAGUCGCUUCUGCAAAGAUGACAUAAAGCAUGGAAACACAUUCCAAAUUCAUGGUGUCAGCUUGCAACAGCGGCAUCUAUUUAGAACAUAUAAAUCUAUGUUUCUUGCUCGAGUGCUAAUUGGAGAUUACAUAAACGGAGACUCCAAAUACAUGCGACCUCCUUCCAAAGACGGGAGCUAUGUGAAUUUAUAUGACAGCUGUGUGGAUGAUACCUGGAAUCCAAAGAUCUUUGUGGUUUUUGAUGCCAACCAAAUCUAUCCUGAGUACUUGAUAGACUUUCAUUGAUUUCACUUCCAAAUCUCAGUGGUCAAGAAAUUUUGUUCUUUCUUGCAGGAAGAUUUGCUCUCCUGUCAUCUAGCCACUAAAUGUUAAAUAUCUGAUACUUUUGAAACAGAUAUGAAAAAAAAAAAGUGGCCUCCAUGUAAAAAGACAUACUGACUAUAAGGUUGGUUUUUUGUUGUGUUGUUUUUGUCUGUUACCCAUAGUCUUGUUAAAAAUUAAUACCAUUGCCAUUUUAACACACAGAAUGAGAGAUACCAUUCCAGAUUGAAUUAGCUGAGUCUCAGUUACCAUGGUCAUGCAAUCUUUAAAGUUUACAUAUGUGUGAUCAGGAUAAAUGAUUUUAGUACAGAUGGACUUAUUCAUCUAUGUUCAAAAAAUAAAAAUAUAAACAUAUAUGUCCCUGUAGAGGAACUGAUCCUUUAUAAAUUGAAUUUUGGUAUUACUGUUUAGCAAUUGACACGUUGGUUUUUUGGAAUUCUGAAGGGGAUAAUUAAAAUCCUGAAACAGUCUGGGCACUUUGAUAGAAAUAAGAAACAAAAUAUUAUCUGCAGUGUUAUCAGACAAGCCAGAAGGAGAAAACCAAGACAGUGCUCUGCUUCUAGUUACCUUAGGAUACACGCUGCAGUCUCUGACUUACUUAUGUUAUUUUCUUAUGUCUCCUGCACAUGAAUUGACAAUUGCUGCAGACCGUAAUCAACCUACAGUCCAUCCACCAGGGCUCUUGAGUUCUUGAACCAAGACUUGCUAUACAAGGUUUUUAGCACAUCUUCAAAGUGCAGCUUUUACUUAUUGUUUAAAACAUUUCUUUCCCCUUUGUGUUACAGUCCCUCCAGUGAUCACCUCUAAGAUGUUUUUAUCGACCCUACUACAACACACAUAGCUUUUCAACAGUGAUUCCUAAAAUUCACAUUUCUAACUGGUAUCUCUCCAUUUUGAAUGAUUGCAGAAGUGGGAUGCUUGGAAAAAAAUCUAGUUUAUCCUUUUGAAUAGCACUUGACAACCUCCUAACCCUCUUGAACAGUUAGAUACAAUUAAUGAUUGUUAUUUAAUGGUAGUUGGUUUACCUGUUCCAUCUAUUUUGCUGUUCUGUUGUAAGGAAGAAUAUGUAGUAUUGGAUCAGCUUCCUUCCUGUCUGUGUUCUAGCAGAAGCUAGACAACAACUUGGCAGGAUGUCUAGCAGUUCAAGUAUAGGAUGAGGAAUUGCCCAUGAUUGUUGAGAGUCUUUCCAACAUUGAUUUUUCCAUGAUUCUUCCUGAAAAGGAGAACAGCUGUGCCAAGCCUUUCCCGGAAAACCUUUUUCUAACUUCAUAAUACUGAAUUCUCUCUCCAUUAUCCUCACCCAGUGAGGCUAAGUGUUUCUGAACUCAACUUUUAGUAAGUAUCCAUUCCUGUAUUUUUCUCUCUAAUCAUUUUAAUUGGGGGGCAUCUAGAAAUAAUAAAAGUAGAAUAUAUGAUUAGGGAUGGUAAUUCUUUAAGUGCAAUAUAUCAGCAGAUUUUCAUUAGAGCCCAGAAUAUAUGUAAUUGUGCAGUGGUAAGAAAAUAAGUAGUGCACAGGAAAUUGUGUACAUAAUACUUUGAAACAAAGCAGCAACAAAGAUUUCCUGACUCAAAUAUGCACGUUUGCUGCUGGUUUAGAUGAAGUGCCGUGAAUAUAUAGAAAGAACCCAUUUUAAAAACAUGCAAAGAGCAUCAUGGAAGUCACUGGAGAUAAAGCCACUAAGCUGCCAUGGAGAGGUAGCCCACCAUGUCUCUAGACUAAUCCAGAAAAAGACAAUGUCAGAGAUAUUAGAAAUUCAGAUUUUCAAAAUCUUUCUAUUCUGUUUAUUUAUUUACUUAUAAAAAAUGUUGAAACAUUUUCAACAUGGCCAUCUCUCCUCUCCCCACCCAACUUAACAUGCAUACCUGUCUCUGCACUUGAAUAACUGCUGAAGUAUUGGGGAGUUAUUUUUCUUUUAGACAUGUGUAGAUCUUAUCUCGGGGUGACUAAGAGCCUAGAGUUAAGUAUUUUCAAGUAUACUUGUGCGAACUUUGAGCCUGCUUGGUUUAUGUGAGGUAAAGUAUAAUGUACACUGCAGCAACCAUUAUAAGAAAGUACUGUACUAUUCUCAUCAGAGAAUGUGCUGCCAACUCCCCUUUUAUUAAAAAAAACCCUGAUUUUGAUAUGUAUUUUAAAAUAUGAUAAAGUUCAUCGAAGUUAAAAUUUUAUUUCUUUGUUUUAGUCAAUAAGUGAAGAUGAAAGUCAUAUGAUUGGUAUAGAAAUCAGGCUGGACAUAUUUGUUUGCCAUCAUUUCCUCUGGUCAUUACAUAGUGUGGGUUAGGAGAGUAAGGAGAAGCUAUUCCAGGUUAAUGACAAAAGGUUUUUAAAACUCUUCAUUGGAUAAAUUCCAGCUAGUAGUGACUUUCCUGUUUUUCACUUUGGUGAUACCAGCCUCAGGGUACAAAUAAAUGUGUUUAUAUAAAAAAAAAUUCCAUGAAUCUUUUAGUUAAAAACAGGAAGGUUUUGUAUUAGUACAUCAUUUCAUUUCUGGACUGUUGAUAGUGAUGAUUUGGAACUAUUUUAAAUAUAUGGAUAUGUUGUUUUUACAUUUGGUGAUUAAAGCUUUCUGUAGUAGG